AUGAACUACCCCACCAUCCUGCCCUCCUUCGUCUGCAGCUGCCCCCGCUCCACCCCCACACACCCCCACAAGACCCUCCCCACAAACCCCACAACCCCCACAACUCCCUCCCACAAACCCCCACAACCCCCUCCCCACACACCCCACAGCCCUCUCCCCACACACCCCCACAGCACCCUCCCACACAAGCCCCCAACACCCUCUCCACACAAGCCCCCAACCCCCUCCCUACACACCCCCACAGCCUCCCCCCACACAGCCCUCGCCUCUCUCAGAAAUCAGCCCGGACCCCUCAGCAAGCUACACCAACUCAUGGGACAGCACAGCCGUCCUCGGCUGCUGUACCAGCUGGCCGGCGUGGUGCCCUCCCCACUCCUCCUGGAGCUGUUGAGCUGUCCGCUGUGUAGCCGCGCCCUAGAGGGCAUGGAGCUGGACCUGAGCGACCUGGAGGGUUCUAGGGGAGAGGCCCACACCCUGCACGACUUCCCCCAGGGAGGAGAGGGGCUCGGCGGCCGCGGGAGGCGCCGGCGGAAGGCAGGGCUGGGGGUAGGGCUGGGGCUCGGGGUGAAGAGGGCCAGUAACAGGCUGGUGGAACUGGGGAAAGGAUUCAGAGACAGACUGAAACGCAUCGUAGACAGCAAGUACUUCAACAGAGGGAUAAUGAUCUCCAUCCUCAUCAAUACUCUCAGUAUGGGGAUAGAAUACCAUCAACAGCCGGUGGAGUUGACUGACAUCUUGGAGAUCAGUAACAUCGUGUUCACCUGCAUGUUCCUCCUGGAGAUGGUGUUCAAGCUGCUGGCCUUCGGCCUCUUCGGCUACAUCAAGAACCCCUACAACAUCUUCGACGGCAUCAUCGUCAUCAUCAGUGUCUGGGAGAUCAUUGGACAGGCGGACGGCGGUCUGUCCGUCCUGCGGACGUUCCGUCUGCUUCGUGUCCUGAAGCUCGUCAGGUUCCUUCCUGCCCUACGCAGACAGCUGGUGGUUCUGAUGAAGACUAUGGACAACGUGGCCACCUUCUGCACACUACUGAUGCUCUUCAUCUUCACCUUCAGUAUCCUCGGCAUGCACCUGUUUGGGUGUAAAUUCAACCUGCAGAUGGAGAAUGGAGACACCAUCCCAGACCGCAAGAACUUUGACUCCUUACUCUGGGCCAUCGUUACUGUGUUCCAGAUCCUGACUCAGGAGGACUGGAAUGUGGUCCUGUAUAACGGCAUGGCCUCCACCUCUCCUCUCGCUGCUCUCUACUUUGUAGCUCUGAUGACGUUUGGUAACUACGUCCUCUUCAACCUGCUGGUGGCCAUCUUGGUGGAGGGCUUCCAGGCGGAGGGGGAUGCCAACCGGGCGGACUCUGACGACGACAAGAGGUCUGAUGACGAUGGGGAGGAAGAGGAGAAGAAGAAGGCUGGAGAGCUGAAAGACACAGAGCUGAAGAUGUAUUCUCUGAUGAUGACGGCCAACGGUCACGCGGAACGCGACACUCUGGCCCCUCCCAUAACGAUCACGCGCACGGCGGCGACGCCCAGGAGCUCAUUGGGCCCCGAGUCCGUCCCGGGAGACGGGCUGGUGUACGGAGAUGUGUGUUCAGGGAUGGACUGCGGGGGUUCUCGUCGCCGCGGCAGCACUGCUGCUUCCGUAGACACCUCAGCCUACGACCAGCGCUCUCUGUCCAGCCCCGGCCAGCACUCUCCCCUCCCUCCUAGAGGUCAGAGUUCAGUCAGUGGGUGGGGCAGCAGAAGGUCAAGUUGGAACAGCCUCAAACACACCCCCAGCCUCAACCGCGCCCCCAGCCUCAACCGCGCCCCCAGCCUCAACCGCGCCCCCAGCCUCAAACGUAGCAAAACCAGCGGCGAGAGGGAGAGUCUCCUCUCAGGGGUGGGAGGAGGAGGGGAGGAGGAGGAAGAGGGGUCCUUAGAGCUGCUGCAGGUGUCCUCUCUGGGCCCGUCGGUAACAGGGGAGUACGGGGACUGUAACGGGAGGAGUCUUCAUCACAUGACCUACGACCCCAACAAGGACAACCUUUCGCCUGACGAUGACAUGGAGGAGGACAACCUGUGGUUCCGGGUCAGGAGAACGCUGGAGAGCCACAAGCCACGCUGGUGUAGAGAACAUAAAGACUGGAACCUUUACCUGUUCUCCCCUCAGAACUCGUUCCGUGUGUGGGCUAAGGGGAUGAUCUCUCAUAAGAUGUUUGAUCACGUGGUCCUGAUCUUCAUCUUCCUCAACUGCAUCACCAUCGCUCUGGAGAGACCCGGCAUACAGCCGCACAGCACCGAGCGAGUGUUUCUGACUGUCUCCAACUACGUGUUCACUGUCAUCUUCCUGGCUGAGAUGACUGUCAAGAUCGUAGCGUUGGGGUUCUGCUGGGGUAAACAGAGCUACCUGAAGAGCAGCUGGAAUGUUCUGGAUGGGAUCCUGGUGUUUGUCUCUAUGGUGGACAUCCUGGUGUCUCUGGCCUUGACCGGAGGGAACCGCAUCCUGGGAAUCCUCAGAGUACUACGACUGCUACGCACACUACGACCUCUCAGGGUGAUCAGUCGAGCCCCAGGGCUGAAGCUGGUCGUAGAGACUCUGAUCACGUCUCUGAGACCCAUCGGAAAUAUUGUCCUCAUCUGCUGCGCUUUCUUCACCGUGUUUGGAAUACUGGGAGUACAGCUGUUCAAGGGUAAAUUCUACCUCUGCGAAGGCCUGGACACCAGGAACAUCACCACCAAGUCAGACUGUCUGCUGGCCAACUACCGCUGGACACGGAGAAAAUACAACUUCGACAACCUGGGACAGGCGCUGAUGUCUCUGUUCGUGCUGUCCUGUAAGGAUGGAUGGGUCAACAUCAUGUAUGAUGGCCUGGAUGCAGUGGGAGUAGACAAGCAGCCGGUGAGGAACCACAACCCGUGGAUGCUCCUCUACUUCAUCUCCUUCCUCCUCAUCGUCAGUUUCUUCGUCCUCAACAUGUUCGUGGGUGUGGUCGUGGAGAACUUCCACAAGUGUCGACAGGACCAGGAAGAGGAGGAGCAGCGGCUACGGGAAGAGAAGAGGCUCAGAAUCCUGGAGAAAAAGCGCAGGAGUAAGGAGAAGGAUGGGUCCGAGGCCCAACAGAGACCUUACUAUGCAGACUACUCCCCGGUUCGUCUCACCAUCCACACGUUGUGCACCAGCCACUACCUGGACCUCUUCAUCACCGUCAUCAUCGGCAUCAACGUCGUCACCAUGAGCAUGGAGCAUUACAACCAGCCACAGUAUCUGGAGGAAGCUCUGAAGUACUGUAACUACUUGUUUACCUGUAUCUUCAUCAUCGAGACCCUGCUGAAACUAGUGGCCUUCGGACUGCACAGGUUUUUCAAGGACAGGUGGAACCAGCUGGACCUGGCCAUAGUGCUGCUGUCCAUCAUGGGCAUCACUCUGGAGGAGCUGAAAAUGAACGCAUCAUUACCCAUCAACCCCACCAUCAUCAGGAUCAUGAGAGUCCUGAGGAUCGCUCGAGUGUUGAAGCUGUUGAAGCUGGCUACAGGGAUGAGAGCUCUACUGGACACGGUCAUGCAGGCCUUGCCGCAGGUGGGGAAUCUGGGUCUCCUCUUCAUGUUGCUGUUCUUCAUCUACGCAGCGCUGGGAGUAGAGCUGUUUGGGAAACUGGAGUGUAAGGACAGUAAUCCGUGCGAGGGUCUGAGUCGCCACGCUACCUUUGAGAACUUUGGGAUGGCUUUCCUCACGCUGUUCAGAGUUUCUACUGGGGACAACUGGAGCGGAAUCAUGAAGGACACGCUGCGUGAGUGUCUCCCAGAGGAGCGCUCCUGUCUGACCUACCUUCCCCUGAUGUCUCCAGUGUACUUCGUGACCUUCGUCCUCAUGGCCCAGUUCGUGCUGGUGAACGUGGUGGUGGCGGUGCUGAUGAAACACCUGGAGGAGAGCAACAAGGAGGCCAAGGAGGACGCCGAGAUGGACGCCGAGAUCGCGCUGGAGAUGGAGAGAGCUAGACGUCUUAGCUCCGCCUCUAACGCGUCGGCGCUGGGCGGGGCUUACGCGGGGCCACGCCCACACUCACCUGGUCAGGAGGAGGAGGGUCAGUGCAGCCAGGAGGAGGAGCUUCUGUCGCCAAGGAAGAUGUCCGUAUCCAGGAUGCAUUCUCUCCCCUAACGACAGCUACAUGUUUCCUCCUGUACGACCUGCUAGCGCCCCCCUACCCUCUACAGGAACACACCAGCCCCCAGUACCAAGCCUCAGGCUGUGUAACAUCUGCGCAUUCCCAGCCAUGUGAAGACCAGGCUGUACUGUCCAGCCUCUCUCACCCUGGUCCCCCUCACAUCGCCCCGCCAAGGCCCUCGCCCAGGGGGCUGCGCAGACAGCUGGCUGUGAAGCUGGACUCAGUGGAAGUUCGGAGUGUCGCCUCAGUAGAGAGACAGGACCCCGUCUCAACCCUCCCCUCU